CAGCCUCGCCCAAUCACUCCAUGUAUGGGCCCGAAACUAUUUACAGCGCUAGUGACGUAAUGUCACCCCCACUACCAGGCACCUUCCGCGUGACGUCACGAGACUCGAGCCUGCUUCUCUCUGAUCGCUACUUCGUUUGUUUCUCGAGUGACUCAUUGUGCCCCUUCCUACAAGCAAGGCAGCAUCAGAACUCAAUGGAAACACAAUUGCGGGUCAAGCCUAUCUGGAAAUGCUGCAGAAAUGGCUCUUUCCACAACUUGAUGAAGAUUCUGAUGACUUCAUUUUUCAGCAAGACGGAGCACCGCCACGUUGGCACUUGCAGCAAUCUUUGGAGGAACGUAAUCAACCAGAUGAAUCACAUGGAGCAGAGCGACUUGGAACAAGCUGGAAUUAAAAGACACAAAUGCAUCCAGUGUCCAUACAGCACGGAUCAGAUGAGCAACUUGAAGAAUCAUUACAGAACUCACACUGGAGAAAAGCCCUUCAAGUGCACUGUGUGUGGGAAGGCAUUUGCGCAAUCGCCAUAUCUUAAAAUACACCAGAGAACACACACAGGCGAGAAGCCCUUCAAGUGCGCUGUGUGUGGGAAGACAUUCACAUGGUUAUCGAAUCUUGACAGUCAUCAGAAAACGCACACUGGUGAGAAGCCCUUCAAGUGCACUGUGUGUGGGAAGACAUUUACAUGGUUAUCGAAUCUUAACAGCCAUCAGAAAACACACACUGGUGAGAAGCCCUUCAAGUGCACUGUGUGUGGGAAGACAUUUACACAGUCAUCACACCUUGACAGCCAUCAGAAAAUACACACUGGUGAGAAGCCCUUCAAUUGCACUGUGUGUGGGAAGGCAUUUACACGGUCAUCACACCUUGACAGCCAUCUGAAAACACACACUGGUGAAAAACCCUUCAAAUGCACUGUGUGUGAGAAGGCAUUUAAAGAAUCAGGAUGUCUUCAUAUUCACCAGAGAACACACACAGGUGAGAAACCCUUCAAGUGCACUGUGUGUGGGAAGGCAUUUUCACGGUCAUCAUAUCUAAACAGCCAUCGGACAACACACACUGGUGAGAAGCCCUUCAAGUGCACUGUGUGUGGGAAGUCAUUUACACGGUCAGGAACUCUUCAGGAUCAUCAGAGAACACACACAGGCGAGAAGCCCUUUGUGUGCACUGUGUGUGAGAAGGCAUUUAAAGAUUCCGGAUCUCUUCGUAUUCAUCAGAGAACACACACAGGAGAGAAGCCCUUCAAGUGCACUGUGUGUGGAAAGGCUUUUUCAUGGUUAUCAAAUCUUGACAGACAUCAGAAAACACAUACUGGUGAAAAGCCCUUCAAAUGCACUGUGUGUGAGAAGGCAUUUAAAGAUUCAGGAUCUCUUCGUAUUCAUCACAGAAAACACACAGGCGAGAAGCCUUUCAAGUGCACUGUUUGUGAUAAAGCAUUUGCAGAGUCAGGAACUUUUCAGAAACAUCAGAUUAUACAUUCGGGCGAGAAGCCCUUCAAGUGCACUGUGUGUGGGAAGGCAUUUGCACGGUCACAAGCCCGAAAGGCGCAUGAGAAGAUCCACAAGGAGACGGUAGAAUUAAGAAGUGAAAGACAAAGUGCUACAUUGAGGACAUCUCGUAUAGAACAAGAACCAGAAGCAAACCCCAGUUUUGAAACAUGGCCAGGUGUGAAGGUGGAAUUUGAAGAAGCUAAGGUGGAAUGUGAAAAAGUAAAGAUAGAAUGUGAAGAAGUGAAGGUGAAAUUUGAAGAUGAAGAUUCGACUCUAGGACCUGACCUCCAGGUGGAUGGAGGCAACGUGAAACAGGAGAAGCAUUCAGACUCUGAGGGAGAGCGAGGGAACCUCCAUGAGUUUGUGGAGGAAUUGUGGGUGAAGAUUUUGGACCGAGCAAAGUAGGAGGCACAUGUGAAGCAGAUUCUGUGGAGUUCUGUAACAAGGAACGUAAUAGAAAGAAUAUCCAAAGCGUUCGCCUUAUUCACAGGCUUCUCUCAUUACAAGGUUGCAUGCAGCUGUAGGCAUCAUCCAGCCAGAGAUGAGUUUUCAUUUAAUGUAGUUGCUCCAGAGUUUUAUAACCACCUAAGAAGUUUCAUAUCUUAAAAUACACCAGAGGACACACACAGGCGGAGAAGCCCUUCAAGUGCGCUGUGUGGGAAUACAUUCACAUGGUUAUCGAAUCUUAACAGCCAUCAGAAAACACACACUGGUGAAAAACUCUUCAAAUGCACUGUGUGAGAAGGCAUUUAAAGAAUGAGAAUCUCUUCAUAUUCACCAGAGAACACACACAGGUGAGAAGCCCUUUAAGUGCACUGUGUGUGGGAAGGCAUUUUCACGAUCAUCAUAUCUAAAGAGCCAUCGGACAACACACACUGGUGAGAAGCCCUUCUAGUGCACCUUGUCCUCAUUGACUCUAGGGCCCGACCUCCAGGUGGAUGGUGGCAGCUUGAAGCAGGUGAAUUCGAGCUCUUGACGGGGAGGGUGAGGCGAUCCUUUGAGUUUGUGGAGGUGUGGGUGGAAUUUAUGGACAAUGUAAAUACGAGGGAUCAGCACGUGUGAAAUGGAGUCUGGUAAAAUGUGAAACUCGGAAGGUGAGAGAGAAUCUCCACAGUGUUCAUUUUAUUCACAGGCUUCUCUCACUACAAGAUUGCAUGCAGCUGUAGGCAUCAUCCAGCUCGAGAUGAGCUUUCAGUACUUAUAUUAUUGCCGUGCAGUUGUGAAAUAUUGUUGAUUUGAAAAGUAGUAGGGGUGCCUUUCUUGAUAAUUAGCAUUACAAAUUGUUGGUUAUGUAUAAAGCGUGUUUGAGUAUAUAUGAACCUUAUGGCAGGACCCCAGGAUCCCAAAUAAACGGAAGUAAAAUCGUAAUUAUUUUAUUGGCGACUCCGUUCCUCCGUGCACACACGCUUCAACCCAUCUGGCGCGGAUCAUUCUGUUAUGUCACCCAAGCGCAGUGAGGACGAAUGCGCAGAAGAAACAAAGCUUUGAAACUUUGAUUGGCGCAUCGUGUAAAGCUCGUCGAGAGGAAUAGAUUGCCGUAUGGUUCGCCUUCAACAGACAUAAAAGGACGUCGCAACGCAGUUUAUGCGAGAGCCCCCAGGGUCCCACCAUAAGGUUCAUACAGUAUUAAGCUUUGGAUAGUGCAGCGUAAGCAAAAAUUGCAUUAAGCGAAAACAUUUUCCCUAUAAGUAGUAAGGAUAACGUUUGGCAAUAUACGUGGUACUACGCACACCACACAUGGUGGGACAAAUAACUGAGGGUACUCUGCCACUGCGUUACUGUAUUAUUCUGCAUUACUGUAUCACUACCGCUCGGCUGCGCAGCUUAAGAAAGUAGUUUGUUGUCCACUGCUCAGAAACUACAUUGCAACAGUGCGCAUUCCGUGUUGUGCAAAAGUGGUCCCGAAUGGAAGAACCACGUGCUUGUAAAAACAAGUUGUUUGAACACCACACGCUAAGCGAGGAUUUUCUGAAUUAUGAAAAUGGCUUCCCCGUGUAGCUGUACCUUUCGGUUUGCUGUUAUUAAAAUGAUUUUAGCUGCAU